AUCCUCCCUAGCGACGGUCUGAGGGACCACUCCCGGCCCUCGCCGAGGCUCCGGGGGCCCAUCCCGGCCUCUCCAGCCCGGACACCCACCGGGCGAGGUACCCGCCCUGCACCUGGGGCUGCCGGAGCCCCCGCUGGGUGCUGGAGCUCUCCCGAGGCGGCCGCGCCCAGCCCUGCCCGAGAUGCUGCGGGUGCUCGGCGCGUGUGAGGGAUGCUGAGCCGCUAGGGCGAGGCUGGCGAGGCGAUGGCAGGCGGGGAGUGGGGACGGGACAGCAGCGACAGUGCCAGCACGGAGUGCAGACACUUGUUGGCAGCUUGGCACCCUGCAGGGCAUCACGCCUGGGGGCAGGUCACAGGGCUAGGGUGCUGCCAGCUCUGCACAGGGGGAUGCAGGCAGGGGAGAGGUGGUGCUGGAGGCAGGCAGAGCGCUGGUUCUCCUGAUCUGAGAGCGGGAGGAAGGCGGACGCAUUGCGUCAUUCCCGGAGAGUGCUCCCGAGGGGACAGGCUGAUGCACUCACUCACUCCCCGCCAGCCCCCGAGCCGACAGCCUCGCUGCUGGCAGCUCUCGACCAGGAGCCUCCGUUCCCCAAGACACGUUCUUGGCUUCUGGCCUCGGGGCUCAUCCGAGGCUGCUGUCAGCUCUCACCCCACUCCCGCAGGUGCUGCCAACACCCCGAUCCUGCUGCAGAGCCUCCACCCUCGCCAGCCUUCCUCCUCCUCCUCCUCCCGCUGCCCUCGAGGGCCUGCGAGCAGCCAGCUGAGCUCUGCCGUGCAGCCAGCAGGAGCCUGGUGCUGACGGGCCCAUCUGCCCCUGUCCUGCAGCCCCAUGGCUGGGAACGAGGAGAUGGCAUCCCUGGAGGAAAGCUUCCGCAAAUUCGCCAUCUACGGCGACACCAAGGCAACGGGGCAGGAGAUGAAUGGGAAGAACUGGGCUAAGCUGUGCAAGGACUGCAAAGUCACCGACGGCAAAAGCGUCACCAGCACCGACGUGGACAUUGUCUUCUCCAAGGUGAAAGGGAAGACAGCACGUGUCAUCAACUACGAGGAGUUCAAGAAGGCUCUGGAGGAACUGGCCCCCAAGAGGUUUAAGGACAAGAGCAAAGAGGAGGCGUAUGAAGCCAUCUGCCAGCUGGUGGCAGGGAAGGAGCCCAUUAACGUGGGUGUCACGAAAGCCAAGACAGUGGGAGCCGUGGAGAGGCUGACGGACACCUCCAAGUACACGGGCUCGCACAAGGAGCGCUUCGACGAGAGCGGCAAGGGCAAGGGCAAGAGCGGGCGGGAGAACAUCGUGGACACCAGCGGCUACGUCAGUGCCUACAAGAACGCGGGCACCUACGACGCCAAAGUCAAAAAGUAGGGCCGGGUGCCGGUGGCGCCAGCAGCCCGGUCCCUGCGCGCCGGCCGUGGCUCGGUGCUCGGCCCUGGGACGUGCCCGUGAGCGGGGCCCGGGGGCUGCGCUGGGGCCAGGGAUGCUGCCGGGAUGUCCGCCCAGCGCUGGGGGGAUUGGGGAGGUGCGUCCGUCCCAGCCUGUGCCGUGAUCCCCCCGCCCCUCCUGUGUCCCCCGUGCUGUCACCCCCAGCCCCACACCGUACUAACAGCACUGCUCCUCAGGGCUCCCCUGCCCCGCCGGCACCCAGACCUUCCCUACCUCAGCCCCGGCUUUCGGGGCACCCUCCCCUGUCCCCCGGGGGCCCGCAGCCUGUCCUCUCCUCCCGGGGACCUGCCUUAACCCCGCACCAGUCACACCACAGCCGCUCCUUCCUCCCCACCGUGCGCUCCCCUGACUCCGCCGCUUGCCCAGCACUGCGGUGCCGUUCGUGCCGGAGCUGCCGGGAUGCUCCUGGCCCAGCCCCAGGAUGCGCCCCGGCAGAGUUUGGUGUUGCCUGGCCAUCGGCAAAGGUCUCCGACCUGAGUCUCCCGCUGCCUUCGUGAAGCCCAAACCAAAGGAUGCUGCAGACCCACGCUGUAACCCGGCUCUGCAAUAAACCCCGUCCGCACUGACGCUCCUCUGGUUGUGUUCGUGCACCGAGCAGCCGCAGCCCCUCCGGCCGGACAGGGGGGCUGUGCCCCAGGGCAGCCGUGCCGGGGGCUUGGCCCUGGCCACCGAGGGUUUUGGCAGCUCCUGGCUGGCCCGAGUUGCCUGAGCAACCGCAGGCACACAAACACGAGCGCCUGGCUCCCGCUCCCGCUCUGUUUGCAACCAAACACACGAGCUCCUGGUAACGAUCCCUGGGAACAGGCUGGGCUCCAGGAUGGGCCGGCAGCUCCGGGAUGGGAUGGUCACUCCGGGGAGCGCAUGGAACGGGGUGUAGGCGCUGUGACCCCGAUCCCAGGAUGGGCUGAGCCUGCUGCAGUGCUGCUGGGGUGGCACUGCCGGGAUUUGCAGCUGCACAUCCACCUCCAGGUCAUUUAUCCAUAGCCAGGCUCCCUAAAUAACCCACAGGGAUUGUUUCCAGGUGCCUCAGCUGUGGCACUGGCACUGCUCAGGCUGGGACAGGCUCACUCACUGCAAAGGCACAGCACUGCACCUGUGCAUCCCAGACACCUGCUUUGGGAAACACAGGAGGAAGAGGAGGGUGGAUCCGGCCCCAUCCUCAGUGAGGGGUGCCAGGGGUAGGCUGGAGUGAGGGCUGGGGGAUAUCAACUCUCCUUUCUCCUUUGGGCAGGUUGGAGGGAGUUUGUGGCUGUCUGUCCCUAAAGGCUCCUUCUGAGCACCCAAAGUUCCUCGAAAAAGUGUUGCUUGUGAAGGGAGAGGUGAGGGGACUUUAACCCUUUGCUGUCUCCGUUGCCCAGCUGCACAAAUGGGCUGCAGAAUUUCCAGGGCCAGGCUGCCCUGCAUGCCUUGAGGUCUGUGGAGGUGACUCAGCCCCCUGUCCUUGGAGGCUUGGCAAAGGAAGAUUAUUUUGGGAAGAGUUGAGCAGGUCAGGCCCCACAGGGUUCAUCCCCUGCCUGUGUGAGGCCCUGGCUGUGGAGCAUGGGAGCUCCCAUGUGGGAAUGGCUCUGAAGGGGAGUUGCAGAUGCUGAUGUGUUUUUGAGACUGGGAAAUCAAGACUGGGAAUCAUAGAAUCCUGGAAUUAUUUGGGUUGGAAGGUACCUUAAAGACCAUUUAAUUCCAGUCCUCGCCCCAUGAGCAGGGACACCAGGAUGUUCUGAGCCCUGUCCAACCUGGCUGUGAAUGUUUCCAAGGAAUGGGGCAUCCACACCUUCUCUGGCCAGCCUGUGCCAGGGCCUCCCCAUUCUGCUGCUCAGGUGAUGGCUCACCCAAGGCAGGGACUGCAGGAUUUCCCAGGACAGACAGCUCCAUCAGCCAGCCUCUCCCUGCUCUGAAUCCUGGACAGAAGCAGCUUCUUCACAGCCUGUGAAGCCCCUGCAGAGGUCAGGUAACAGCUCAAGCUCUCACAGCUCACAUCUCUCACAGCUCCCACGUGCUGCCACCCCUGCAUUAAGAUGCUCCUCACCCACUCCAGUGCUUCUUCAAGUCCUCCACUGCUUUCUCCACAGUUUACACAGAAUUUAUCUCCUCCAGCCUUCUUGGUUCUCAAGGAGGCAGCUCCAGUGCACACUGUUCCCAGCAUGAAAAAUCAUCUCAGGAGAAUUAAGAUUUGUGUGAACUGACUGGAUCUGUUGGCUGCAAAGUGCCCCAGAUCAG